AUGAGCGAAAAGCUACACCGGCAACGCAAGGAGCGGGAAGAGGGAGCCGCACACACCACACCGACACCGACACAUUACUACGCAUACACACGCACAUCCCACCAUCGCUCCGUGCCUCAGCGGCCCGUUUGCUAUUUCUGUCUGCCCUUCGUUUCUCAACCCCCCCGCCCCCGGGUGAUGGGUAUCGAGAGCUCUUCCCGCUAUCUUUAUCCAAAAGCAGAGACGUGGCCGCAGCCGGAACUGCAAUGUGCUAGACGAAGACCCAACCAAAUCCCGGUCCGCCAAGUCGCGGAGUAUCCAGGCUGCAACACAAGCGAGGGAGCGGUCGGCGAGAAACAUGCAGAGAGAUACCUCAUCUGCCACGAGGAAGAGCGCGCAGGCCUUUGGAGGGGGGCUGCACACCGAGCGAGCCUGAGGAUCAAAGUACACAACAGCGCAGUAGGAGGUGAACGGGCUUGUUUGGCAGUUCCCAAUCUGGAGCCCAAGUGUGCGUGUGCCCCUUUCGCGUGCCCCCCUUCCCUGGGCCUCUUGAGGCGGCCUCGGCGGCUGUCUCUGACGGUCAUAUUCGUGCAUCGCGUUUGCCCAUGUAAAGAGUACUCAGCAAUGGGAAGCAAACAACACCGCCAGCUGGCUGUAUCGGAGGGGCCAUCUUAUUUGUGA